AUGGCGCAUUUAAUAAAGCUGUUUUCUUCUGCCCUUGAGCAGUCAUUUGGCUCCAAAACCAGUUCCGCUUACAUGACACACAAGGGAUUGCAUUAUAAAUGUAGAAACGCGAACUACCCCGCAGAAAGGAGUGUUGCAAGAUUUACCGUCCCUGAUACUAAAGUCUCAUGGGACACUUCCUUCGAUUCUUAUAUCCCAGUUGACUACACUGCCCCAGUAGUACUUACAGCUCCAUGGGCUGACAAGUUUUCACAGUUACCAUUGCCGUCGAUUUCUUUCAACCAGUUAGAUGGGAAAGUUGAUCGAAGGAGUCAUGAAGGUGCCUAUUCUAUAGACUCUGAAGGUCGUCCAUUGAAUCCGCGCGGACGUACGGGUGUUGUCGGCCGUGGUCUUCUCGGACGCUGGGGACCCAAUCAUGCGGCUGAUCCCAUCGUUACAAGGCAAAUUUUCCCUUUGAAUGCUUGGACUAUUUAA